GGGGGAAUGGGCCUAAAGAGGGACCCCGAUAGAGCGGUAAAAGUAUAAUCGGUCGGCGCUGAGCAAGCAGGGUGACUCUCACGGUCACAAUGUGACAGAGUAGAGGAGCGUUACUUUGCGCUCACCAAUCCCAUGAACAGCAUAUUUGUAAAGCGAUCACUCUUAUAUACCCCCUUCGCCCCCUCCGUAUCCGUCCUCUACCCUCCCUGACUUACCUUGUUCUCCUCCACUAUACCGGUUGCAUAUUCCUAUCCCUUCAAGCUUGUUGUUUCGCGCAUAUCUCUCCGUCGAAUUACCACCACGGAGCCAAGCUCUUCACAUUCACUCUAGCAUACCUUUGCGGCGCCACCUAUGCAGACACCGCGGGUCAUAAAACUCCUGGUCUUUUCGGACAUUUCUUGUCCAUGGUGCUACAUCGGCCUACAGGAGAUGGACCGCGCCAUCGACCAAUGCUCCGAAUGUCCGGCUCGCUUUGAAGUCGAGUACCGGCCAUAUAGGCUGAAUGCAUCUCUAAAGGACGGACAAUCGUUCCCCAAGCGAGAAUGGUUCGAGCAGAGAUUCGGCAAGGAGAAGUCAGAUACAAUCGAGUCGAUAAUAUCCACGAGAGCAAAGGAAGUCGGACUGAACAUCAAACUGUUCGAUGGUGUCGUUUCACAAACGACAUUGGCUCAUCGCCUCCUGACGAAAGCAUGGAAACUCGGGGGACAGGCGAAACAAUUACCGCUCCUAACAGGGCUCUUCAAGGGCUACUUUGAGGAUGGGAAGAAUGUAGGUGAUAUUCAAACGCUCGCCGAGAUUGCAGCGUCGUGUGGCGUCAUGUCCGAGGAGGAGACGAUUAAAUUCCUGGAGUCCGACGAAUUACUGCCAGAGGUCGAGCAGAUGAUGUUGGACGUGCGCAAGAAAGGCGUGACUGGUGUGCCGUUUGUCGUGAUCGACGGCAAGUGGGCGGUCAGUGGCGGACAGAGCGCUGAGACCUAUGUUCAGAUCUUUAAGAAGAUUGGCAGGUCGGAUAAGCCAUCGCCAGUGCCAUCUGCACCAACCUGCACGGAUUCCACAUAGCAUACCUACAGCCAUGCGCGUUCGUGUGUCUCGAUCUCGUUUUCUUCUGCUGUAGUCCACCUGUGACUCUUUUCCGCUCUGUCAUUCCCAGGAGUUGGUCGUAUCACGCCUGAUUCAUGCGUAUUACUCGCCUUAGCAUACAUUGUAUCUGGUGUUUGAUCCCCGCCUUUCUUGCACGCAUAUGUUGUAUUCUGUAUCAUCUCAUUUUCUGUUCUUUAUUCCUUCUUUCCUCGUCUUCCCUUUUUUCGUAUUUGUUCGCUCAGGGGCGAUUCGGACGCGCCAGCAUAUCCAUUCUCGUUCACACACUCACGAUUCUUCUGGUUGAUAAGUAUGUGCUUUCUUGGUUUGAUCAGAUAGUAACUUAUCCCGCUGGUUAAUGGUCAUGAGAACGGCUGGAUGUUACUUAUGCUUAUGACGGCCUGGUUAUGUUAUCGGCCCUUGCAAGGUGGAGUGUGUUCAGUGCUCAAUAAUACCAGUCCGUUCUCCUC